UCAAAUUGCACUGUUUGACUGAUUAUCACUAUUCACAAUAUAUUUUAAGAGCGUUUUAUUACGAUUUAUUAUAAUACAAUACGUAAAAAUAAUACGUAUGUGUAUAAAAGUGUCCACGUGCUGUUACUUGUGCAGUUACUUUUAGAGGGAAAAAAUAGCGUUCGUGAAUUUACGAAUCAUUCGUUCAUAACAUAACCUCAACAGACUGUAAUUGUUCCAAUUCAUAGGUAUAAUACGCAAAAUACUAUCGAGUACAGAAAACUGUUGCAUAAAAAAGGAGGAAAGAGAAAGUUUCAUCAGGAUGGUGAAAAUAGCAUUGCAAAUGAAAGCUACGUUGGAAAAUAUCGAAGAAUUGAAACCAUCAGGAUCAGAAUUCAAAUGGUAUCUUAAGUUUACGUGUGGCAAUUGUGGCGAAAAAUCGGACAAAUGGAGCUAUGUGACCUUGAACGAGUCCAUCCCAGUUAAAAAACGAAACGCAGUAAAUCACUUUGCAAGCAAAUGCAAAUUUUGUUCUCGUGAAAAUGCUUUGACCAUCUUGAAAGAUUCCAUCAAAUCAUUUCUUGCAAAUGAUCAAGGCAAGUUUCAGACAAUAGCGAUAUUCGAUUGUCGUGGUCUCGAACCUAACGAAUUCUCUGCAAGAGAAGGAUGGAUUGCUAAAACCGUUAAUGAUGGAAAAGAAUUUACAGACGUUGAUCUAACCGAAGGAGAAUGGGCUGAUUAUUGUGAUAAGAUUAAAGAACCUGUUGGAAUUUACGAAAUCGAGCACAGAUUUGAAAAAAUGAAAUAGAUAGUUGUUUGAUACGACAUCUUACACGGGUAUCCAUCGUACGUGUUAA